AUGGCCCCCAUUCAAUCCGCGCUCUCGGAGACUCUCCGGUCUUUGACGCAAAGCAAGAUUCGCGAUUUAGAGAAACGCCAACAUUCCUACGAGUCCGACAUAUCCUCUCUUCUUGACGAUGCCAAUUCGGUUACAGACAGUCUAGACAAGCUCGCACAUUUAUUGGCCGGUGUUAAGGACCUUCUCCCGCAGACGGACCGGGAUGACCCUGAGAUCACCAAUAUUGAACACUGUCUGAGCCAAGCGCGGUAUGGCUCGUCUAUUCCAUUUGAAAAGUUGGUCUCGAUCCGAGAUCAAUUAGUGUCGCGACUCGAUAUAAUUAGUCGACGACUUAACCUUGCGGAUUUAUACACUCGUCUGUUGAUAGAGUGGGUCAACAAUGAUGGGGAGUCGAAUAAAUCACCGGUUGAACCCCUCCCGAUGAAGACGACUAUUCCAUCGUUGAAAAGAAACAGAAGCAGCGCCUCGAAGACCUCUGCGACCAAUUUGAAAAUGUGGUUCUUCGAGCCCCUAGAGACAAGGCCGGCGGAGAUCCGCGCGUUUCUGGAAGACCUUUUCCCUGACGAGGAAACCAAGAACGAAUUAGAGGUUGUUCGAGCCGGGCUAAGACAAGAAUGCAUUGAUCUGUGGGACGAAAACUCGACCGGGGAGGGAGUGUUCAAUACCGGUUCUUUAACGCUGUGUAUCAAGGCCCUACUGAAGGAGGACAUUCUUAGCGAUUCGAAGAAGGAGAUGCUGAAGGACUUCCUCGACAACAGGAAUUGGGAAAGGCACGCAGGCGAUAAUGGCAUUCCCGUGCUCCCGACGCAGCAGUUAAAUGGCAAAUACCGAAUCUGGAUGGAUUAUGAUGUUCUUCAGACGAUCUUCAUUCAGCAUAUUGGGUCAGAACGGACGCUUGCUGAGUAUGGACGGUCGUACGACAAGGAAGAUGAGGACGCUAAGCCAUCGAAUCAGGAAGAAAAUAAGAAUGUCAAGCAACAUCUAUUGCGCAAGGUGGCUACCGAAACGCUCCUGCAUCGUGCUUUGCACGGAGAAGCAGCUGCUAUCCAGUCAGACCUGAAAUGGUACGGCACGUCACUGUCUCACAGCACCAUCUUCACCAUAAUGGAGUUUGUAGGGUUCCCGCAACGAUGGAUUACCUUUUUUCGCAAAUACCUCGAAUCUCCGUUGAAUAUGGACCAGUCGUGCUCCGGUCGCGAACCCCGUGGUUCUCGGACCAGGAAACGUGGCUUGCCGAUAGCCCAUGCAUCGGAGAAACUACUGGGUGAGCUGGUGCUUUUUUUUAUGGAUCUUGCGGUGAACCGGCAGACUGGGAUGCUUUUGUACCGACUGUACGACGAUCUGUGGAUCUGCGGUGAGCCGGGGAAAUGCGCGCAGGCGUGGGAAGUAAUGCACAAGUUCGCUGACGUGACCGGGUUGGAAUUCAAUGUCUUCAAAACUGGUUCCGUCUAUCUGUCCGACUCAAGGGAUUUGGCGGUUCAGGCUCGACUGCCCAAGGGCCCCGUCACGAUUGGAUUUCUGACGCUCGAUCCUGAAUCUGGCGUUUGGAAAAAUCGACCAAUCCCAAGUCAACGAGCACCUGAACCAGCUCCAGAAUCAACUCCAAAGCUGCGACAUAACUUCGGCCAACCAGCAUAUUACUUCGAACGGCCACACGUGGAUGAAAUCUUGGAGACCUAUGAAAAGGUCAAUCGCAUCUUAUUUGGUUUUCGAAGUUCCAACAAUGGUUCAACAUUAACAGAAUAUUUGCGUCAAAUGAUCAAGUCGCGCUUUGCCGUGUCUGAUGUUCCAGACGCCUUCUUGUUCCUCCCUGAAGAGCUUGGGGGUCUAGGUCUCAAAAAUCCGUUUAUUCCUGUCUUGUUAGUUCGCGACAGCAUCGCCACCUCAAAGUCGCCUGCUGAGCAGAUCCAGCUCCUUCAUGACAACUUACGGUCCACGUAUGCGUCUCGAAAGAAGGAAUUCGAGAACCUCACGGAUGACGAUCGUCAUGAGCGUCUGGAAGGCCAGAAACUUGACUCGGAACAGGAAGCAAAACAUGUUCUCGACCCGAGCAUGUUCAUGUCUUUCGACGAGUACAUGCAGUAUCCUGACACCAGGAAUACCCAGGUCGCGGACUUUUACAAAACCUCUACCCAGGUUGCGGCUCCUGCGGAGAUUAAACCGACCCCGGAAUACAGUCAAGGGUUAAGCAAGGCACAAUAA